GGAAAACGAUUACUAGUUCAAUUAAUCGUUCGAGUAAAAGUACACGUGCUCGUCCCACGUGUGAUAAAGUCAAUUGAUCAAUUACGGAUUCAUUACUAACUGUCAGGAUUAUCCAUCCGACGGAAGGUCAGACUGAUCCCCGAUAGAACUGACAUCCCCGCAUCUCUAAAUAGACAUUAUUACUGCCAUAGAUAACGGUUAUAGUAACAAACGUUGUAGCCUGGUGAACAUAGUGAUUCAGCAAUAACAGUGAUAGUUUGGAAAAUAAAGCGCUGCUGAUAUCGUACCGCCUCGAAGUUCAUAUUGCGUAAACAUAGAAGUGACGUGCAGGUUUUCCUUUUAGUAGCUCCCUAUCCGGGUAUCGAAACAGUUCAUCACUGCACCGAGAAGCAUGAAGUUGAACGUUGCGGUCGUACUGUGCGUCGUCUGCGCGGUGUGCGUUCUCGAGGAGACUCGCGGCGCCAGAAUCUUGGCGGUGGUCCCGACGCCAUCGUACAGCCACCAGAUCCCGUACAGAAAAUUAUGGACAGAAUUGCACAAACGUGGCCACGACGUGGUGCUCGUUACGGCGAAUCCGAUCGCCAACAUGACCACGAAGAAUUUUACUCAAAUCGACAUAAGCAGUAGUUACAAAGAUCUGCAAGCCCUCAACUUCUUGAAACUCCGAUUCGAAGGAGUAAGCUGGAUAACGUUCGCGGAGAGUUAUUUAUUCGACUUGAGCUAUACUUUCGCUGAAUCUGUUCUAAACAAUACGGAGGUGCGACGAUUGUGCGCGCCUGGCAGUAAAGAAAAGUUUGACGUUGUUUUGACGGAGCUACUGUACAUGCAUUCGGUGCCUGCCUUAGCUUACAGAUUCGACGCUCCUCUCAUAGGAUUAAGUUCGUUAGGACUCGUUGCCAUCCAGGAACAUGAUCUCGGAGGAUUCAUAUUGCCUUCUCACGAGUACACUUGGGAGAUGGAAGCAAACACCGGUCCGAACUUAUCAUUUUGGAGGAGGUUGUGGAAUUACGUAUCCUUGUGGCGAAUAACAUACUCGAUGUACCGCGAUAUUCCUCGCCAUCAAGAGAUGGCCGAACAUUACCUCGGUAUGCGUCUACCUCCGCUGACUGACAUUACGAGAAAUGCUAGUCUUCUAUUCGUCAAUCAGGCGGAUGCUUUGACGCCAGCUCGUCCGAAGUUACCGAACAUGAUCACCUUCACUUCUUUCCACGUCAAUGAAAAUCCUGCCCCUCUGCCGAAGGACCUGCAGCGUUUCUUAGCCGAAGCGAAGGAAGGAUUCAUCUACUUCAGUCUCGGUAGCAACGCGAGAAGUGCAGACAUACCGAUGGCGGUUCAACAGGUUUUCUUCGACGUGUUCGCGAAAUUGCCGUACAAAGUCGUGUGGAAGUACGAGAACGACUUACCGGUGAAACUCGACAACGUAUACGCCUCGAAGUGGUUACCUCAACAAAGUAUUCUCGCUCAUCCGAACAUCAAGCUGUUCAUAUACCAGGGUGGAUUACAAAGUACGGAAGAAGCUGUGAAUUUUGCUGUCCCGCUAUUGGGCUUCCCGAUUCUUGCUGAUCAAGAUUAUCAAGUAGCCAGGAUAGAUACUCUUCGCGUUGGAAAACGUAUGGAAAUUCUAACAGUCACGAGGGAAGAAUUGGACGGCGCCAUUAGGGAGAUUAUCACUAAUAAAGAGUACAAGGAGAGAAUGAUUCACCUUCGGGAUCUCAUUAGAGAUAAUCCAUACGAUUUAAUAGACAAUCUCGUUUGGUGGACAGAGUAUGUGAUUCGACACAAGGGUGCACCUCAUCUUCGUUCAACUUUAGCCGGGCAGCCUUGGUACCAGCGUUACGACAUAGACGUAGUGAUGUUUUUAACGAUCGUUGUAUUUGUGAUCGCAUCGAAAUUGGUGAACAUUGUCGCUACACUUGCAGUGCAUCUUUACAAACGAUUUUUGAGCUCUGCGGUGCAGAAGCAAAAGAAAAGUUAAUAAUUAGAUAGCAUUAGGUGUUUCACAAUAUAAAUUUUAUCGAUCGAGAAACCAAAAGUUAAUCAAGCCUACUGUAAGUUUAAUAGUUUAACGGCUGGUGUCUCGUGUUCACAUCAUCCUUUAUUCUAUUUCUCUUAGCCAUAUUGUGUACGAGGAAAGUCGCGUUGAAAUAUUUUUAUUUUAAUAGCAGCGUAAUUAAUGUUGGAUUCUCAAAAGCGUUGCACGUUCGUUCAUCACUGCGAAGAUGUGUAGGUAAUUAUGUGAUACCGAAUUUUUUUUCAUUACGCCGGGUUUUCACGAGUAAUUAUUCGACAUCAUAUACAAUGUAUCACUGAAAUAAUUGCUUCUCGGUUUUUAAAUUAACGGCAUUGAGCCAGUUAUGAAAAAUAGAAUGGAAAAUUCAUUUCAAUCGUUUAAUUGUACAAAUCAGUUCUGAUGCAACGAGGAUUGCAAUCUUUAAUAUCGCUAAAGUUUAGAUCGAUGACGUUCGAUGUCGUUUUACGAUUAAAUCCAUUCGAAGAGAUACAAUAGUGACAUUUUGCAGAAAGUUCUUCCGUUUCAUUCUGUUUUCCACUGAGCUUUUAUUAGCCAGCCACAACUUGCGAUUUAAACUGUUCAAAGGACAUUUCCCGAGAGUAAUGUCUCUCGAUUGCGCUCCUUCAAGAGUUUCAACUUCAUUUAUCGCUAAAAUCGAACGAUUGACGGAAAGGUUCUGCUAGUUAUGAACGAUUUAACGUUCCUCAAGGAAAUUCUUCGAUAAAUUUCCGGUAAAGCGUCUUAUCAUUAUGCCUCACUUCUAUUUUUAAUAUCCUCUUCGAUUCAACAACUUCAGAGCGUAUCUAGUCGAUUGGAUAUUAUUAAACCCUCAUUCGAUGCAAUUAAGAAAUGGACAACUCUUUAAAAGAACGAUAAAAAUAGUACCAGUUUAUUUGAUCUAAUUGAUUUAAACUCUUCCUAUUUUCAUUUACGAUUAAUUAUAAAUUAUAAAUUAUAAAGGGAGCCAUGUAUUUGUUAACGAAACGAAUCGAAACUGCAGUGACAAUUACAGCAGUGGUCAGUAUUAUAAAAUAUUCCAACUAUGUAACAAUUAAACUGCAUACAUUAUUGCUGAACGAUAA